ACUACCGUCUGAGUGUUUACAACCUCCGAGACCGAAACAUGGCUCCUGUCAGAGGUACGGGUUGCCAACCAAAAUAGUUGAGCAAGAGCAAAAACGCUCUUUUUUCCAGUGUAACUCAGUUCCUUAACUUUUCGAUCUUCUGCAAAAAGCAUCCAGAUCCCGGAAACACUUGAUUUUGGCAGUUCAGAUCGCGAUUAUUACAACUGGUCUCCGCGCGUUAGCUAAUUGAAGGGGGACAAUGAUGACGGCGACUACGGUUGGAACGGGCACCUGUCUUGCCGCAAAAGGUUUGGACAUAAGUCUUGCCGCUCUGAAGAGACAAGAUCCCUACAUCAACAACAUAGUAGACGUGGCCAGUCAAGUGGCUUUAUAUACAUUCAGCAACAGAGCAAACGAAUGGGAGAAGACGGAUGUCGAGGGAACCUUAUUUGUGUAUACCAGGUUGGCCUCUCCCAGACAUGGCUUCACCAUCAUGAACCGCCUGAGCAUGGACAACCUGACUGAACCCAUCACCAAGGACCUGGACUUCCAGCUGCAGGAUCCCUUUCUGCUCUAUAGGAAUGCCCGCUUGUCCAUCUACGGUAUCUGGUUCUAUGACAAGGAGGACUGCCGGCGCAUUGCUGAGCUGAUGAAGAAUAUGACGAGGCAGGAGCAGCUGCUGGCCCAGAGGGGCGAGGACGUGUCCCCUCUCCGCGCGGAGGACAAAGGGGUGGACAUCCUGCAGAUGCUGACCAAGGCUCGGAACGAGUACGACAAGGGAAAGCCCUGCUCGGAGCCCAAGGAGAUCGCCAGCAGCAGUGUGCUCUGCGACAACCCCCAUCUGAUCAAACCCAUUCCUGUCAAACCGCUGGAGAGAGCGCACAUGGCCCCACACAGCCUGCAGGACUCUGAUGGGGAGCGCAGACAGCUCUCUCUGGCUGCUCUUUUCGGGGUGCAGUCCCAGCCCAAGCACUUGUCCCCUCAGGCGGGUUCAGGGGGCGGCCGACCGCCCGGGCCCCGCCCCGCUGUGGCCCGCUCCCUGUCCUACGAGGAGCCCGCCCGGCCGGGGCCGGGGCCCGGGAUGGGGGUGGGGGUGCCGGGUUCGGGCAGCCCCCCCCAGCACUGCCCCGCCAUCCAGAAGCUGAUGAGCUCCCAGAGGGCCCCGGCGGAGCUGCUGCAGCCCGUGUCCGAGUCCCCCGAAAACCGCCUGUGUGAGAACGGGGGCCUGCCGCCCGCGCACCGCUGCCAGGCCAGCGACCCCCUCCACAGACUGUUCCAGAACGCGCCCGUCGCCCCCACCUGCUGCGCCCACCCCCCUCCCCCCCUGCAGCAGCCCCCUCUGCUGGGAGGGGCCCCCCACCACCACCCGGCCAGCAAGCCGCUGUUCUACAGCCCCAGCAAGCCCCAACUGGCCCCAAUGCACCCCCAACUGGCCCCCAUGCCCCCCCAACUGGCCCCCAUGUCCCCCCAACUGGCCCCCAUGUCCCCCCAACUGGCCCCCAUGCCCCCCCAGCUGCCCCCCAUGCCCCCCCAGCUGCCCCUGCCCCCCCAGCUGGCCGCCCCUGCCCCGCUGCCCCCCCAGUUGACGGGUGUGGUCUCCCCCCACGAGCUCCUGCAGCGGCUGCAGCUGGUGCAGCAGGAGCAGAGCCUGAGCUCCGAGCAGGUCCGGCCCGGCCUGGCCCCGCGGUUCCAGGAGCCCCUCCCGCAGCCCCACCCUCAGUCCCUCCCCGCCCGGCCCCUGGACGGCUGGGCGGACAAGCCCUCCGGCCCCGGGGCCGCCGAGAAGCCGAAGCCUCUGUUCCAGGGGAUCUCCCCUCAGCGUGGCCCGGUCACCGUGUCCCCCACUGUGCUCAUGUCCCCCAUGGUCUUCUCCCAGAGCAAAUUAGCCAAGGGCGGGAUCGACUGUGUCCCCACCGCGGCCCCUGCGCUGGCCCCCCAGGCCCCCCCGGACCCCCGAACCCUGACCAAGAGUCAGCUGCAGGCCACCCUGCUGCACCUCAUCCAGACUGAUGCAGCCUUCCUGGAUACCAUCUACAACGCUUACAUCUCCAGCAUCUCUAAGGACACAGUGACGAAAAACCUCUGAAACUCUGUACCUUGCAUUCAUUUGUGUUUACUGAUCUGACAAAAUUACCUUCCAUGUGUGCGUAUGGGUAUACAGGAACUUAAAAAAAAACAAAAACAAAAAAAAAAAACCAGAUUUUACUAUGCUCCAAAGACUUGCCAUUUUAAAUAGUUUUUUUAAGAUUGAAGUCAACAACAGGCUGGGAAGCUCUAGCAAUGAGUGCAGAACGGUGACGUGCUGGCUGUUCCUCGGAAAGGCUUAUUGUAUUUCUUGUUUGGCAGACCGAGUCUUAACUUCCACUUGCUGAAGUCUUACAGAGCCAUUAUUGCAAUACACGAUCUCAGAUCUCCUCGAGGAUCUCAGAUUUGGUGCCCUUGGGGCACUUUUAUGCACGUGUUCUUUCACAGAACAGUACUGUAAGUGGACCCAAUGUCAGCCUUUAUCGUAGGGAAUUUAUGUUUGUUCCUCAAUCUCAACUGUUUGUUUUAAAGGGUCUUCCAUGCUGCCUGGAAACAUAUUCACAUUACGUAUCUAGGAGUUUCUGGCUGUGGCAAUUUAAUGUCAAUCUAGGACACACGUUUGAUUUAAUUGGAUUUUAAAUGACUGUUUUAAGCUAUGCGUUUGGCGGCUAUUAUAAUUGUUCCGUUUUGUUGUUUGGUUUUAAACACCCUAAUUAUUUCAGUUGAGGAAGAGGAGCUAACAGUUGAGAGAAGAAUCCUCUUUCCGGAAGAUUCUCUGUAUUCACAGUCACACAUGAAAGACUGAUUUACAGAUCAGAUUUCCCCACUAGCAGUGGGUCAGAGAAAAUAUUUUAUGUUACAAAAUAUUAUAAAAUAUGGAAGAUAUUUUUCUAUUGUGCCACAAAACAUGGUCAUCCUGCAGGUUUGAUUCCGCAUUGAUCCUCUGAAUGAGUAUUUUACCAGACAAAAACUCUUCUGCUAAAACCAGCAAUUAUCUACAACCUAAUCAGUUAUAAUGCUUCUACUUUGUGUGAAAUAUUAAAUGCAUCAUGUUUUUUAAACAGGCUUGUUUUACCAGGAAAAUUACUAAAAUCACAAUAAAGCACAUUUCAUUGCAUCAGU